CCGAGGCCGUGUCAGAUGUGUUUCUAUUUUCUCUUUCCCUCCGACCCGGAACUACUGACACACACACACACACACACACACACACACACACACACACACACACACACACACACACACACACACACACACACACACACACACACACAUUCUCUCACUCUGUCUCCAUCACGUCACACUCUCUGCAGAGACCACCGACCGACAACAUGGAACUGCCUCCCUGUGUGGUGGAUUGUGGGACAGGGUACACAAAGAUCGGCUAUGCAGGAAACACGGAGCCUCAGUUCAUCAUGCCGUCCUGUAUCGCCAUCAGGGAGUGGGCGGGCGUCGGGGACCAGGCUCAGAGGAGACUCGUGAAAGGAGUGGAAGAUCUGGACUUCUACAUCGGAGACGAAGCUGCAGAGAAACCAAACUACGCUACCAAGUGGCCUAUCCGUCACGGCAUGGUGGAGGACUGGGACCUGAUGGAGAAGUUUAUGGAGCAAAUCAUCUUCAAAUACCUGAGAGCUGAGCCUGAAGACCACAGCUUCCUCAUGACAGAGCCUCCUCUCAACACUCCUGAGAACAGAGAGUAUUUGGCAGAGAUCAUGUUCGAGACCUUCAACAUCCCCGGGCUCUACAUCGCCGUGCAGGCGGUGUUGGCGUUGGCGGCGUCCUGGACGUCUCGUCAGGUCGGAGAGAGAACGCUGACCGGGGUCGUGAUCGACAGCGGAGACGGAGUCACACACGCCAUCCCCGUGGCUGAGGGCUACGUGAUUGGCAGCUGUAUAAAACACAUCCCCAUCGCAGGGCGGGACAUCACCUUCUUCAUCCAGCAGCUGCUCAGAGACCGAGAGGCAGGAAUCCCCCCCGAGCAGUCGCUGGAGACCGCCAAGGCCAUCAAGGAGCGGUACUGUUACAUCUGUCCGGACAUCGUGAAGGAGUUCUCAAAGUUCGACUCUGACCCGGGGAAAUGGAUCAAACAGUACCACGGAGUCAACGCCGUCACCAAGACCGACUUCAACGUCGACGUCGGCUACGAGCGUUUCCUCGGCCCUGAAAUCUUCUUCCACCCAGAGUUCGCUAACCCAGACUUCAUGCAGCCAAUCUCUGACAUUGUUGACGAGGUCAUUCAGAGCUGUCCAAUCGAUGUGAGGCGGCCGCUAUACAAGAACAUCGUUCUCUCCGGAGGAUCCACGAUGUUCAGAGACUUUGGGCGGCGUGUGCAGAGAGACCUGAAGAGAGUGGUGGACGCCCGGCUGAAGUUUAGUGAAGAACUCAGCGGAGGACGAUUAAAGCCAAAGCCAAUGGAGGUGCAGGUCGUCACUCAUCACAUGCAGCGCUACGCCGUCUGGUUCGGAGGAUCAAUGUUGGCGUCCACGCCGGAGUUUUCCCAGGUGUGUCACUCGAAGAAGGACUACGAUGAGAUCGGGCCGAGCAUCUGUCGACACAACCCCGUGUUCGGAAUCAUGUCCUAAUGAACAGCGGCAGCUACAGAUAGCUCGCUUGAUAGCAUGCUACGUUGUUAGCCUGUUGUCCUGUCUCUCCUGCUAGCUGCUAACCACCAACCACUUAGACAGUAGCCAGUUACAGGUACAUCUCAAUAAAUUAGAUUAUCGUGGAAAAGUUAAUUCUAAUUUCUUGAGGUGCACCUGUAAUAUAUUGUUUAUUUAAUUGUUUUAGCCCGUUAUGCUAAUACACGGUUAGCAGGCUAGCUCAGUCUCAUCCAGCACAUGGCGGUCUGGAGAAACCUAAGCAGUAUUGUUUAUUGUCCAAAAAGCAGCCAUGUUCGGUUUUUUUUUUUUAAGGAUUUCUCAAGACCUCAAAAUAAAGAGUAGCUAGCUGUUAGCCUGUUAGCAAUGUAGCAUCGCAGAGUGUUUGUUCAACAGCCUGUAUCAUAUACUUCUGCACUCAGAGCGUUUAUAUUUGUAAAGAAAAGCAGAUCAUAUUUAUUAUAAUGUAAAAUCUAUACACAUAUUAAACUGAGUCUUUGUCUGAGAGAAUAAAAGACACAACAGAUAUUUAGUUUUAUGAAGAUCUCCACACUGUCACACUGAAAUCAUAUUUUUGUGGCCAAGCUGAGAUUUAAUGAAUGUUAAUAAAUGAUCUGUGGUUUGAUACUGAGCUGCUGUCAAUAAAUCCCCUUUAAGACACCGUUAA